AUGAAGGCGUUUAACGUCGACGGGCACAUCGAGCAGCGGUACAAAAUUAUCCGCCAGAUUGGCAGCGGAGCGUACGGCAUCGUGUGGUGCGCCUUGGACCGUCAGACACGGAGGCCCGUGGCGUUGAAGAAGGUGUUUGGCGCAUUUGAGAACCAGCCGGAUGCACAGCGGACAUACCGUGAGGUGAUGCUGCUCGGUGCCCUUCACCACGGGAGCAUUGUGCGCCUAACGAACGUGAUAAGGUCCGUGAACGACAACGACCUCUAUUUGACCUUUGAGCUCGCCGAGACGGACCUCUCAACAAUUCUGCUCCACAAUAUCUUGUUACCGGUUCACCAGCAGUACUUGGCCUACCAAGUUGUCAAAAUUGUCGCCUAUCUGCACAGCCAUGGCGUACUUCACCGCGACUUAAAACCGGCCAACAUAUUUGUCAACUCUGACUGUGGCAUUAAGCUUGGCGACUUUGGGCUGGCGCGGUGCGCUCAGGCGCAAGGCGAAGACGUCUUCCGGGAUUUGACGUAUUACGUCGCCACCCGCUGGUACAGAGCACCCGAGGUUCUUGCCAAGUCCACAAAUUACACGACAGCCAUGGACAUUUGGGCGGUUGGCUGCAUCAUAUACGAGCUGCUGACGGCAUCAACGCUUUUCCAGGGGCACUCCACGCCACAUCAAUUGUCCCUCAUCCUCAGCGCCCUAGGGGAGCCCACAGCCGCCGACCUGGAUAGUUUGGAGUCAAGUGAGGCGUGGCCCCUCAUGGACUCCUCAACUUCCAUCGAGAGUCAUCCAUUGCGGGAAAGUCUGCGGGGGCAUGACCCCGACGCAGUCGACCUCAUCUGCAAACUCGUUGUUUUUAACCCUAAGAAGCGGCUAACAGCGCGGGAGGCUCUUAGGCAUCCGUACUUCGCCCCCUUCUUCACCCACAAGGACAUCGAGGAGCUCGACAAGGCUGAAGUCAUUUCACUGCCUCUACCAGAUGACAAGAACUUUCCCGUGGCGGAUUACAAAGAAGCACUUUACGAGGUCAUCUCACUUCGCUUUCGUCAGCAUGUCCCUUUGUAG